GCACGCGCAAACCAUCGGACAAGCGGCCUGACAUUUUCCCUAAUUGGAAAAGGACAGACAGCCUUACGAGUAGGGGGGUGGGAAGAGCGCUCGCUUGUGAGGCUCAGUGUUUAGGCGGAAGGGUCCCGAGAACGUAAUUCGAUUACGCGUCGCUGUUUUGAAUGAGCGCCACGCAGGGCGAUUGACAGCAGUACCAACAAGUUUGUGCCUCUUUGGGUACUCCGUUCUUUUCACAGAUAGAAAGAAAGAAUAGCGAAGAACAGUUUUCUCUGCAGUUUCUUCUCUUUCAGCUCGAGGAAGAAUGUCCGCCUACCCUCGUUUAGCUGGAGAAGAGAGUCUGCAUGCUGCUAUGGAUUACUCCUACCUGAACCAAGGAACUUUUGAUGGCAGUUGUUCUCUGUCCACUAUGGAUUUACAGCCCAGUUGUCAGUUACCUUCUUCUUAUGGUGAUCUGGGACCUUGUGGAGGGCAAGUGGCCCAAGCCUACAGAUAUUCAGCCUCCCCUAUGGCCAGGUCGUUUUCGGCUCCCCCGUCCGCAGCCAUGUCCGGCCCGUCCGCCGCCUGCGGCAUGAUGUCGUCCCGGCCUCGGCAUCAUCUCCAUCCUGACCAUCCGUCAAGUAUGGCACAUGCGGCCGCUGCCCACCAUGGACCUCCUCCAUUUCCUGGAUUACAAAACCUUCCAGCUGCCGGCCUUCCACCAUAUAAAGUGUACCCCGUUCAUGAAGGUGUUCUAACAGAAAAAAGAAAACAGCGUCGAAUCCGGACCACUUUCACGAGCGCCCAGCUUAAAGAAUUGGAAAAAGCCUUCCAGGAAACACAUUACCCGGAUAUCUACACAAGGGAGGAAAUCGCCAUGAGAACGGACCUCACAGAAGCCAGAGUUCAAGUAUGGUUCCAAAAUCGAAGAGCAAAGUUCAGGAAACAAGAAAGACUAAAUCAACAAAAACAAGCACAACAGCAGUCCAAUCAGAAAUCCAGUAACAACAAUAAUGCUUCCAAUAACCAAUCGACGUCAAGUAGCAGUAGCAACGGCAGUGGAAACGGUCUUCUUAUCAACAGUAACGGAUCGUCCAAAGAUUCUAAUAAUGACAAUUCGAAAGUGGUAUCUUCAAUGAUGCCUCCUCCACCUCCACCAAACACUAAAUCUCUUAACG